AUGGACAGUUCUGGCAGCUCCUGUCAGGACUGGUGCAGCAGUAGGCAAUACUGGUUUGAGCUCGGACCCACGGACUUGCUGGAGCGCAAGGGCUCCCUCACCCUCCGCUCCCAUCACAAGAAGUACUCGAAACCCGUGUUGGUGUAUUCUUGGCACCAUGACAGAGAAGCCUAUCCAAAAGAUUAUGAUAUAGAGGGUCCUGAAAACAUAAAAAAACUGUGUAAUUCAACAUAUUGGCGACUUGGAACUGAUGAACCCCCAAUUUGGAUAUCAGAAACACAUGAACAAAUGGCACAAGUUUAUUCAAACAGAGAAUUGGCUAAAACAAAGAGAAAGGCUUUAUUGAAUGACGAGACAAUGAGCUCUGGGAUUAUUGAAAGGGACACUGGAUUACCUGCUACAGGCUUCGGAGCUCUCUUUACUAGACACCCACCAGAUCGGCAUAAAAUGUAUGCAUUGACAACGUAUGCUGAAGAAUAUGCUCCACCAUAUGAUUAUCAGCCACUUGAUUAUCCUUGUCAAGAUGAUUAUUCAGUAGUCCACAGAAAAUGCCGUUCUCAGUUCACUGAUCUUGAUGGUUCCAAAAGAUCUGGCAUCAACACUUGGCAUGACAAGAGUGGGAUUUAUGCUAAUUCAUGUGUAAAACGAAAACUCUACCCAUUAACUGGUGGUCCUAUUAUCCCCUUUUAA